AUGGAUGCGGAUACAAAUACUCAAGCUGAUGAACCUUUUAUAGACAUUUUCGAUCUUGUGUUCUUACUUUUAGCUGCCGCUGGAGCAUUCGUUUAUUUAUUCAGAGAUACUUUAUUUGGAAAAAAUGAAAGACCUGUACAAGCCGUUCCAGUAGUCCCUGUCAGUAAACCGAUUGUUUCUACUCAACCAAAAAAAAGCAAAGAUUUCCUUAAAAAAAUGAAAGAUACUGAUAAAAACGCGAUUUUUUUUUACGGAUCUCAAACAGGUACAGCUGAAGAUUAUGCUUCACGUCUUGCAAAAGAAGGUCAACAAAGAUUUGGAUUGAAAAUUAUGGUGAUUGAUGUUGAAGAUUGUGAUAUGACACUUCUUGAUCAAUUUCCAGAAGAUUGUAUAGCAUUCUUUUUGUUUGCAACUUAUGGUGAAGGUGAACCACCAGACGAUGCAAUAGAAUUUUGGGAGUUAAUAACUACAGAAAAUCCAGAGUUCUCAAAUGGUAUACCAAUUGAUGAAAAGCCAUUGUCAACUCUUCGUUAUGUAGUUUUUGGUUUAGGAAAUAAAACUUAUGAACAUUAUAAUGCUGUUGGGAGGAUGAUUGAUGCUAAGUUAAGCGAAUUUGGAGCUAAAAAGAUUGGUCAAGCUGGUGAAGGCGAUGAUGAUGGUAGUUUAGAAGAAGAUUUUCUUGGAUGGAAAGAAGAUAUGUGGAAAGCUGUUUGUGAUGCAAUGAAUAUUGAUCAAAAAUUAGAAGAUUAUGAUGCCAAUAAAGUGUAUUAUGGUGAAUUUAGUGAACAUGCUAUUAUGGCCAAUGAAACUGGCCAAACUUAUGAUGCAAAAAAUCCAUUUCCUGCUACUAUUCAAAACACCCGUGAGUUAUUUAAUUCAUUAGAUCGUAAUUGUCUUCAUGUGGAAUUGGACAUAGAUGGAUCCGGGCUUACAUACCAAUCAGGUGAUCAUGUUGCUAUUUGGCCAAUUAAUCCUGAACAAGAUGUCUAUAGAUUACUUAAAAUUUUAGGUCUUUGGGAAAAAAAAGAUACUAUAAUAAAUCUUGAAAGUACUGAUCCAUCUGCAUCAAAAAAGAGCCCUUUCCCUGUUCCAACAACAUAUGCUACUAUAUUUCGAAAUUAUCUUGAUAUCCAUGCACCAGCAUCACGUCAAUUUAUUGCAACAUUGGCAAAUUAUGCUCCAACUGAGGAGGGAAAAUCUAGGCUCACCACAUUGGGUCAAGAUAAAGAUGCAUACAAAGCAGAAGUUUUAGAUGCACAUCUUACACUUGGAGAAGUAUUAGAAUUGAUUUCACCUAAAGGAAAGCAAUUAGAUACAAUUCCUUUAGAUUUAAUUAUUGAAACAUUACCAAAAUUACAAUGUAGAUACUAUUCUAUAUCUAGUACACCUAAAUCAACACCUUCAUCCAUUCAUGUAACAGCAUCAGUAUUAUCAUUCAAACCUGCAUUAUCUCAAAAAUCUGUAUAUGGACUUGCAACAAAUUAUCUCCUACAAAUUCAUCGUAAACUACAAAACAUCCAACACCCUGAAGCAUCACCAUAUUAUUUGUAUUCUGGUCCUAGAGAUAGAUUUUAUGAUGAAUCCUCAAACACAAUCAAAGUUGCAAUUCAUGUAAGAAAUACAAAUUUCAAAUUACCAAAAGAUCUUAAAAUACCAGUUAUAAUGGUUGGUCCUGGUACAGGUUUAGCACCAUUUCGAGGAUUUGUUAUUGAAAGAGCCAAAUAUAAAUCAGAAGAUGAAGAUGUUGGUGAUACAGUUUUAUUUUUUGGUUGUCGAAAAAUUAAUGAGGAUUUCUUAUAUAAAAAUGAGCUUGAAGAAUUAUUUAAUAUACUUGGUGAUAGUGGGAAAUUAUUCACAGCAUUUUCAAGAGAACAGGAAAGCAAAGUAUAUGUACAACAUCGAUUACAAGAGCAAGAAAAAUAUAUUUGGGAUUUGAUUUACAAUCAUGGUGGAUAUUUUUAUGUGUGUGGUGAUGCUAAAAAUAUGGCACGUGAUGUAAAUACCUCACUAAUUCGAAUUGCACAGAAAAUUGGUGGAAUGGAUGAAGGUAGUGCAAUAACUUAUAUUAAAGAUUUAAGAAGUUGUGGACGAUAUCAAGAAGAUGUUUGGAGCUAA